GGCUUCCGGCCAGCAGGUUAGGUUUCGAAGUCGUCCUCUACGGCCAUGACAAGAGAGGGGAGCAGUCAGGGUCGCAUCUAGCAUUUAUUUUCUGUCAAACCAUGAUCUGAAUUCCUCCAACCCUGAGGCCGAAGAUAUCUGGUGUGAUUGUGGGAAGUGAGCCUCGCACUUUGUUUCAGACAUACAGGAACAAUUAACCACUGUGCACAAUGUCGUUGAGGAGAACAGACGGGGUAUCCCUUAUCCAAGCCCUGGCGAUGACUGUGGCUGAGAUUCCAGUUUUCCUGUACUCUACAUUUGGGCAGCCGAUUUACAGUGGGGUUUUAUAAUUCCAUUAAGAUGUCCAUCUUUUCGCAACUGAAGCUAUCUCCAGGGCUGAAGAAGGUUCUUUUUGCAACUGCUUUGGGCACAGUGGCCUUGGCCCUGACAGCACACCAGCUGAAGAGGAGGCGGCGAAGGAAAAAGCAAGAUGCGGAAAAACGCAAGGAGGCUCAGCUGCCUGCUCUGGGGAAAUUUGCACCCUCAAGGAGAGCAACGCCCCCUAGAAGAGUGCAGAGCCCAGGAAGUAAGAGUAACGAUACACUCAGCGCAGUUUCCUCCAGCGUGCUAGGCAGGCGAUCUAGCUCUUCACACAGUCUAACAUCCGUACGACCAGCAAACUCGCCAAGUCCAGGCUCGCCAACUGAAGCGUGGGAAGCUGGAAUAGUUCAGGAAGAGAAUGAGACAGCAGAGGAUUCCAAUGCUGAGAACCUGUAUGUUAUGGGGAUGGCGCUGUUUGAAGAAGCAUUGCAGAAGUGGGAGCUCGCUCUCACCCAGCGGCAAUCGAGCUCCUCUGAAAAGGAACGGAAGAGUUAUCCGAAGAGCCCUGGAGCGAGUGAUGGGACCGGGGAUGGCUGUGAGGAAUCCCAAAGAAAGGAGUUUUCACAGAGGCUGGAAUCCCUACUUCAUCGAGCCUACCGAUUGCAGGAAGAGUUUGGGGAGACCGUGCCUUCAAACAGCCUGCUGGCUGAUUUUGAGUGUGUUGGUCCACUAGAUCUUCCCUAUCGAGAGGAAUCUGCAAGAUACUAUCUGGAUGAUGAUAUCACUGUGAGUUCGGACGACUCGUUUGUUUCAGCAGCAGAGCUAUUUGAUUUUUCAUUUGAUGUGGAAAGAUUCAACUUGUCCAGACCAUCUGCUUUAUACGAGGAAGCCAUGAGGGUUGUUCAGGAGGACAGAGUCUCUUGCCGAUCGUUCAGAACCGAGGUCCUGGAGUGCUACAAUGAUGAGGAUUUCCUGGCUAAACUACAUUGUGUGCGUCAGGCAUUUGAGAUAUUACUACAAGAAGAGGAAAAUAGACUAUACUUCAGUGAAAUUGGAAAGCAGAUGAUCACAGGACUGAUGUCAACUGCAGGAAAGAAUGUAAAUAGAUUUCAUGAGACCUACAAAGAAAUGUUGCACUAUGCACGAAGAGAAGAAACCUGGGAGACGACAGAGCGGGAACUCAAGGGACGAGGGGUUGUAUGCAUGAACUUCUUUGACAUUGUGUUGGAUUUUAUUCUGAUGGAUGCCUUUGAAGAUCUCGAAAACCCACCUUCGUCUGUGGUUGCUGUUUUACGGAACCGCUGGCUCUCGGAUAGUUUUAAGGAGACGGCUCUUGCUACAGCUUGUUGGUCAGUGCUGAAAGCAAAAAGGCGAUUAUUACAGGUCCCCGAUGGCUUCAUUUCUCACUUUUAUUCUAUUUCGGAACACGUCAGUCCUGUACUUGCCUGGGGUUUUUUAGGACCAAAGCAGCACCUUUGUGAAGUAUGUGCUAUCUUUAAGCAACAAAUUAUCCAGUAUUUGAAGGACGUAUUUGAUACGGACAAAAUGCGAUACACAACUGUAAAUUUGCUGGCAGAUGACAUUGUUCAGUUAUCGCAGCGUCGCAGUGAGAUUCUCCUUGGUUACCUGGGAAUUGAUGCAAUAAUGACAAUGAAUGGGAUGAUACCUACUGACAAUGGACCUUUGGAAGAUCCUGUGAGAAGGCCAAGCACAGAGGAUGCAACAAACAACUGAGAAUUAGUGAAUUGUAUCUGAUUCCUGGAUGGCCCCAUAUUAAGGAGACUUGCAAGAGUCCUUAUCAGAAUACUCCACAUACAUUGAGGUCGGCUCAUUCUGUUGGGUAUCAAUAUUUUAAUAUAUGGUAUUGGUUGGGGAAAGAUGAAAUACAGUGCCCUCCAUAAUGUUUGGGACAGACCCAUAAUUUAUUUAUUUACCUCUGUAAUCCACAAUUUGAGAUUUGUUACAGAAAAAAAUCGCAUGUGGUUAAAGUGCACAUUGUCAGAUUUUAAUAAAGGCCAUUUUUAUACAUUUUGGUUUCACCAUGUAGAAAUUACAGCAGUGUUUAUACAUAGUCCCUCCCCAUUACAGGGCACCAACAUGUUUGGGACACAGCAAUGUCAUGUAAAUGAAAGUAGUCAUGUUUAGUAUUUUGAAAAACUCCUUUGUUGCUUUAGCAGUAUGUUUGGGAUCAUUGUCUUGCUGUAGAAUGAAUCGCCGGCCAAUGAGGCAUUUGUUUGAACUUGAGCAGAUUGGAUGUGUCUGUACAGAUUCGUUAUGCUACUACUAUCAGCGGGUGUAUCAUCAAUGAAGAUAAGUGAGCCAGUAUCUUCAGCAGCCAUACAUGCCCAGGUAAUAACCCCCCCACCACCAUGUUUCACAGAUGAAGUGGUAUGCUUUGGAUCUUGGGCAGUUCCCUCUGUCCUUCCUACUUUGCUCUUGCCAUCACUCUGAUAUAGGUUAAUCUUCGUCUCCUCUGUCCACAAGACCUUUUUGCAGAACUGUGGUUGCUCUUUUAAGUACUUCUUGGCAAACUGUAACCUGCCCAUCCUAUUUUCUGUUCAUGAAGUCUUCUUCAGACAGUGGUUAUUGACAAAUCCACUCCUGAAGAGUGUUUCUGAUCUACCGGACAGGUGUUUGCGGGUGUUUCUUUAUCAUAGAGAGAAUUAUUCUGUCAUCACCUGUGGAGGUCUCCCUUGGCCUCCCGGUCGCUUUGCGAUUAGUAAGCUUACCAGUGCUCCCUUUCUUCUUUGAUUUUGAUUUUGACGUUGAUUUUGGUAAGCCUAUAGUUUGGCUGAUGUCUCUAACAGUUUUAUUCUUGUUUCUCAGUCUCAUAUUGACUUUGUUGACUUUCAUUGGCACAACUUUGGCCCUCAUAUUGAUAAACAGCAAUAAAAGUUUCCAAAGGCGAUGUAAAGACUGGAGGAAAGACUAGGCGCUGAGAGCUCUCUUGUACCUGCAUUAAGAAGGCAAUUAAAGACACCUGAACAAUUACAAAUGCCUGGGAAGCCAUGUGUACCAAACAUUAUGAUGCCCUGAAAUGGGCGGGACUAUUGCUGUACACAGCUGUAAUUUCUACAUGGUGAAACCAAAAUGUAUAAAAAUACCCUUUAAUACAAUCUGACAAUGUGCACUUUAACCAUUUCUUUUUUAUUACAAAUCUCAAAUUGCAGAGCACAGAGGCAAGUAAAUAAAUAAUGGGUCUUUGUGCCAAACAUUAUGGAGGGCUGUGUAGGAUGUUAUUCUUGAGUAAUCAUAUAUUCUAGGGAAGAAAAGAUGUUUCUUUAAUGGAGACCUCAAAGAUCACAAGACUGGGAAUAUGCUCCCUUCCAAUUUUAUUGUAACAUUACAUGAGAUAUGGGGACAUUGAAACAGUUCUUAACCAGAGAUGCCUAGAUGUGGGGGGGUAAUUACAUUACCUUGUCUACCAGUGAGCCAUUUGAACCAGAAAAUGUGGUGGUGAUCAUUGGAUAUCAGAGUAGUAACAAAUACACUAAAAUGGGCCUUUGUACUCCUGGUUUAAAGAUGUAAAACUUUAUCCAGUGUUCCCUGCCUAAUCAAAUCCCCAUCGCUACUAUUAAAUCAUAGAAUGAUACCGUGCAAAAGAAUCUAUUAUUGACAAAACUAUCAUUGUUGCACAAAAAGAGCACUGUGUGUGAAACUGAAAGCACUUUUAAAUAAAUCAUUCACCUGAAUGAAAUGAAAAAUGAAGAAAAUAUGAAAAAAAAUAGAGAAAGAUAUCACCAGAAUCUGCAGAUCAAUACUUUUUUAAAGGAAAUAAUUUGAUCGUUCUUGUGAAUAAUAUCCUACUUGAUAUUAUUUCUUGACCUGUGCCAACCAAUCGCCCUCCAGUUCCUGUGUGGGUCUGUUGCCCUAAACAAUGUCACUGAGGAACAAACGAUGGAUUGUAGACUUUGGAAGACAUGGAUAGAGGACAUUACGAAACGUCACCUAUCCUUGACUUCUCGAGAUGCUACCUGACCCACUGAGUUACUCCAGCAUUUUGUGUCUUUUUGUAAACCACCACCUGCAGUUCCUUGUGUUUGGAUCGUAGGCUUUACUUGUUUCGGUAUUUUACAGGAUAAACGUGUUUUCCAACGAUAUUAAUGUUCCAUAAUAAACGCAGCCUGUGUUUGAUGUUAUAAACGGCCUUCUUAUUUUUUUUAAUUGCCUUGCCAAAGUGUAACUAGGUACUUGGUAAUUAUUCCAAAAGGCAGAAAGGGACUGUAAAGAGUGAUUCUGCUUGUGCCAAAUAGAAUUGUUGCAAAUCUCUCAGAUGCAGUAACACAAAUUUAGGGGG